CAAUGUUAUGGAAUAAAUGAUAUUGACUGCUGAAAUCUGAAACAAAUGCAUUAUUAUUUCGCCGGUAUUUAAAUAUCGGAGUGGCAGAUGCUCUGCGUUGUGUGUGCGUUCAUUUCACGAUGACACCCGAUUAUCAAAGAUCGGAAUCAUAUUUAACAAGUGUUGUAGAAGCCAAUUGCCAAAAUACUUCCAAUGUCAACGUGAACAGAAAGGGUUUGUUAGAAUCCUGGAUUGACGAGACAAUUUAUUUUGGGAUUUUGAGUUUUAAGCAUUUUUCUGUAGAACAAUGUUGAAUGGACGGAAAUUACCUCAGCAUUGUAAUGAACACAUUUUUAAUUAGUGACAGAAAAGCAGCACUUUUGGAAUAACAUAUUUUUGAACUCGAAACUGAAGUUCUUGCUGAACUUCAUGUUCUUUUUUCAAAUUUGCUCAGCAACAUUCUAGUAAAAAAAUGAGUGCAUAUAAAGACGGGUACCAAGACAAUGCUAAUUCAGUUGCCAUAGCGACUGGUGGGGUCAAGGACACUGUCGAUCGAAUAGUUCGGGGUCAUGCAGCCGUUGUCUUCUCGAGACCAGGAUGCCCUUACUGUCUGGGUGCCAGAAAUAUUUGCCGGAAGUACAUGAAACGGACGAUUAAACCGGAAGAGGUGUGUUUUGUGGACGUUGAGGGGCAGACGGACGCUCGGGCUUACCGGAAUUACCUCAAACUUGUUACAGGAAACUCAGUGCUCCCGGCGGUGUUUGUUCAAGGCAGCUACAUCGGCGGCUUGGAGCAGCUGACCGCUUUACACCGGGACGACCGCUUAGCGGAGAUGCUCCGAACGGCCACACAAAAUGACCCGUUUUCAGGGAUUCCUUCAGGAAAAACAGCCAAAUGAUCGCCCUGCAGAUGGGUUAACGUCGAGAGUAGUAAAUGCUCCGGCCGUCUUGUAGACAGGCUCCGACCGUUUGUGUCGCCGGACCUCACCAGGGAUAACUAGAAGGGCUUCGGUCAUUUGUUUCCAGCUGAUCGCUACCAACACGGAUAAUCGCCCAGCAGAGAUGCUCAUACCGCCCGUUCCCACCAACUAUGUCUGUCCACAGAUAAAACUAGAUUACGGCCAUUCGCCAUGGAUAGGCUGACGCUAUACUGGAUGUUCACGGUCCCCACGACCUUCAAGAAGAACGGUCUUCAAAACAUAUUGCAGCCGACCGUUCCCGCUUAGAAGAAUAAGAAUAAUUCCGCUUGCUUACGUAAAAUAUUUUUCGGAGAGUCGUAAAAGCUGGGUCCGUCCACUGCCAACUGUUGGUCUCAUUUAUAACCUAUAUAGGACCCUCCGUCUGAGGAAACAUUUCGUGCUCAUAUCAGAGUCGAUGACA